AGUUUCAUUUAAUCUGUUAUAAGUGUUGGAAUUGACAACUCAUUAGGAAUUUAACGAUUUCAUAUUAUCUAUUUUUUUAAGACAAAGUGUUUAUGAGUUUUUACUGUUGUCAUUGAAAUUUAUCUAAUCAAAACCUUCCUCUAUACUUCAAAUUCAAACUUUGGCGGUAGGUGAUUAAGAUGCUUGAAGCAGCUGCUAGUUUCUGGUUAGAUGGCCGUCAGCGAAGCAUUUUGAAAGCUUGUAUGUGGCAAGCGUUAGUUUGUUGAUUGUUUUUAGUUAUUUUUUUAUCGUCAAUGAUUACAUGUUUGAAUAUAUUAUGACAUAGUGAAGUUUGCUAAUUUUUUAGCGUGUCUGUGAGUCAGUUUUAUAGCUAUGCGGUGACCUACCGUUUUCUUUACUAGGAACAUUCGCACACUUGCAACAAAAGGCAUACUAUAGGGUAGUAAUGUCGGCUUUAAGGGUGAGCAGCAUGUAGUUCGUAAACUAUACCUCUAUUCCAGCAAAUUUGGAUUUGUUGGAGCCCUUUGAGAAUUUGAAAGAAUGUCCAAGGUCCAGCGAUCUAUCAAACUGGAAGAUGAGGAGUAUGACAAUUUUCAUUCUACCCCUGAUAUGAACAGUGCUAAAUUCUCAUCACCAUGCAAAAUAGAAAUGAUAGACAACGCUGUGGUGACAUCACCUUUCCAUCUUCUCGAUCAUGGCUACGGCAGAACUCCUCAAAGCCAACCACAAAGACAAAUGUCCAACGCUCGCACGCAGGCUGUCAAAAGAAAGUUAAAUAUGGAGACAUCGGGUGACGAAGAAAUGGGUUUCAAAACACCAAAAUCAAGGAAAAAGAAUAAUUCUUUAGUGAGAACACCUAGAGGUCCAACUCGUUAUGAUACUUCUUUAGGUCUUCUCACAAAAAAAUUUGUUAAUUUGUUACAAAGGUCUCCUAGAGGCAUUGUUGACUUAAAUUAUGCUUCUCAACAUUUAGAUGUUCAGAAGCGGCGGAUAUAUGAUAUUACAAAUGUUCUAGAAGGUGUAGGUAUACUUGAGAAGCGUUCCAAAAAUAAUAUUCAAUGGAGGGGAGGGAGUUUCACCGAACCUCAUACUGAUGUUCAAAAUGAAAUAGAAAAAUUAGAGCAAGAAGAGAAAGAUUUGGACGAUCUUAAAAAAGCAGAGAUGGAUUUACAAACACUGCUGAAAGACAAUCAGUAUGCUUAUGUAAGCUAUCAAGACCUGAGGAGCAUUAAAAAUUAUAGUACGCAAACUGUGAUGGUUAUCAAAGCCCCUCCUGACACUCAUCUCGAAGUACCUACUCCCACUUCUAACUCAAGGGUUGAGAUGGUCCUUAAAACGGAAAGAGGUGAAAUAGAAGUUUUCUUAUGUCCUGAUAUAAAGAAUUCCAAAGAAGAAAGAAGUGAUUCUGACAGUAUAUCAACACCCUCUACCUCUAGAGAUUUUAAUCCUACUCUUGCAAAUUCACCUGAGAAAUGUAAAGUAAAGAUGGAAAAAGAUGCUUCUAAUGCUUUACUAUCCACCGCAGAUGAAUUUCAACCAUACCCGUUUCAAACAACUGAAGAUCAGCAUAGUUCUGGUAAUGAUUGGUGUGAAGAUGUAUCAAGCCAUUGCAACCAGGCAUCCAGGUCUCUCAUGAGUGUCCUGAUCUCUCCUAUCAAUUUCUCUCUUGAUAGUCCUGGAUAUGAGGCCUUUGUAAGACAGGCAGGCUCUAUCCUUAGGUCUCUUACUUAACCAGACCUUGAUAGUUCUCUGUGUGAAGAUGACGAGCUUUUCUUACGCUUUGAACCUCCAAUAUCAAGCUCAGAUUACCUCUACGGUCUUGAACCUGAUGAGGGUUUAGGAGAUCUCUUUGGCUUAAAUUCCUCAUUUAUUUGAGUCACAGUUAAUAGUACAAAUAUAAGAUGAUUCAUAUGUUAUUGUAAAUAAAACAAUGUAUAUAUAUAAAGUAAUAACAAUCCAAGUACAUUUUUUAACUUUUAUUAUUUAAUAAUCUAUUCUUAGAUUGUUAAGUUUUACUAUUAUGGCCAUUCUUAUUUUUAUUAUUUUAAUGUUGUUAAGGUUCUUAUUUUAUUAUUUUUAAAGGCCAUAUUACAUACCUUUUUUUUUAAUUAUAAUUUAAAAAGUGUUUGAAUUAGAUUUUAAUUUAUUAAGUAUGGCUGAUAUCUUUCUAUUAUACGCAUUUUGAAAGUAAAAUACCAAUCAGUGCCUAUUUUUAUGUAAAUGUAAGUUAAUUAAGAUAGAAGUCUUAAAUAGAAUACAAAAGACUAUGUAAAUAUGAAGUUUCUUAUUGUUGUUUUUAGUGAUAUAGAGGCAGUUGUGUCAGUUUAUAAAAUUGCUAUUAUAUAUUGAAAAUUAUUUAUUAGAUCCAAGGAUCAUAUCUCUCACCCAGUUAGUGUGUUUAUUUGAAGGAUUAAAAAAAAAGUGGAAUCUUUAUAUUAAGUUACAUUGUUUUAACUGCUUUACCUUCUCAUCAUUCUGAAUUUUCCACUUUAUUACUUAAAAAUAUUUUCAUGGAAUAUUCUGUGGUGAUUAGGUUUUGUUGAUUUAAUUCAAUAAAAAUGUUUCAUUUAUGGCAUUAAAUUAAAAAUAUAAAACAAAAAAAAACUUCUAUUUAUUAGGGCUUCAUUCCUGCAGUAAGCAGUUGAUCUUUAUUUACCAUAAUUGGUGCUGAUUUCUUUCUUGCAGUGAAAAACUGAAAAGAAACAAAAUAAAUGUUUUACUUUGUUAUGUUUCAAAUUUUUAUGAUGCAGUUUUAUUUCCAGGAAUUUAAAUGGACUGCAGGUGUAUUUUUUUACCAUCUCCCCACAGUCUAACAUGUAAUCAGUAGUUAUUUUUGGGGAUUGUUUUAAUUUUUCUUUGUUCUGUGAUUAUAUGGUUUAUUUUAUUUAUUUAUUAUUAUUGGUAUUUAUUUAUCUCUAAUGUACUGCUUUAAGUAUUAAACUGUAGAAUAACCUACUGAAAUUGUUUAUUAACAAAGUUUUUUUUUUUUUUGCAUGCAGAUGCUAACAAUCUAUGUGAAUUAUCACUUCCAUAUUCUUUUUCUGGAUAAAUUAUAAGAGUAAUCAAAAUAAAAAAAUUCAAAAGUCUUUGUCCCAUCAGACACUGUUUUUUAUUUUUAUUUCUUUUUCUCUUACCUUGUUUGAAACUAAUUGAAAUAAUGUUUAAAUGAGAUGUGAGACCUUUUCACUUAUAAUAAAUAAAAUUCAUGCCAUGACUGGUAGUUUUAACAUCAGAAAUUAAAAUACACCUGCCUCUUAAGAAAUAUAUCUCAUCCUCCCUGUUCUAUGGUUAGUUUUAUUGGCAUUUCAUUUUUCCUGUUCAAACAGAAUGAAGUGCAUAGUUAUACACUAAUUAGCUAAGCACUGUUUUACGGCGACCACAUUGAAGCACUAAUACUAACAAAAUCGACUAAGUUUAAAUGUUAAGUGUUAUUCAAUUGUCAACUUCCAUUAAUACUAGUCACAUCAGUUUCUCUACUUACGAAACAGUUCUGUAGAGAUGAUUGCUAUACUUAUGUAUAACCAUUGCUCAUUUUAGUUAUGACACAUUAAAGUCCUGACUUUAAAAACUUAUUUAUUGUUAAUAUUUACUUAUUUUUAUUAAUGGAAUGAUUUUACCAAUUUUUUUUUCCAAGUCAUGUGUAACAUUAUAUUCAUCUUAAAAUAAAACACUUGCAGGUUAAAAAUCAAGAAUUUUUAUAUAUAUAAUGAAAUCAAAUUGUAUAAAUUAUUAAUAUAUAUAUUGUACAUCACAACAGUAUAUUUUAACUUUUUAUAUUAUAUGUAAAUGAAUAUUUCAAAUAAAUAUGUAUGAAAAUAACAUAUCUUUUGCAGUAAUACACAUAAAGCC